AUGGAGUCGGCGGACGGGGCGGCGCGGACGCUGCUCAGCAUCAGGCGGCUGUCGCGGGGGCCGCCGUUCGGGCGGGCGCAAGGGUUGCUGGGGCGCAGCCACGGCGGCCAGCUGCUCUCCCCGCCCGCGCCGCACUCCCAGGAAAGCGCAGACCCUCAGAAAACAGCGUUCCUGCUGCGCAAGCAGUGGGCCUUAUACAGCGUGACCCCUCUCUACAAGUUCUGUGACGCUCACCUGAAGGAUUACGCUCGGCUGCUGAGUGCUUUUAUUGCUGCCGAGAAGCAGAAAGGAUUGGCAGUGGAAGUAGGGGUUGAGCUGGACAUCAAAGUGACUGUCUCCAGCGUUCCUGACCUGAAAGGUAGUGACCGAGACCAGGCUGCGAUUCUCGUUCAGCUUUCUUUGAGAUCACCGGCUUCCUCGAAAAACUCAGAAGAGAAACUGGUAUGGUCAGGCUGCUUCUGCUGCGUGUUUGGAGAUCAUCUUUCCGAGAACAUGCCAGAGGACUUCACUUGUUUACCUCUGUUUCUGGUGAACGGGGCGGAGAGUUACACAUCCCUUGUUGGAAGCUGGUUUCAGAAGACUUUUGACUGCUGCUUCCGCCGUUUGGCCAUCAGCCCUCUCAAUCUCAGUUGGAUGGCAACAAUGUGGACUGGGUGCAAAGUGGACAAAAGCACAUCUGCCGUGGAACUCGUUUUCUCUGUCCCCUGCCUGCCCUAUCCUCUGGAUAUUUCAUAUGCCAUUCAUCCAGAGGAUGCCACAGCUCUGUGGGACACGGUGCAAAAAACUCCAGGAGAGAUCACUCAAGAAGAGGUGGAUGUUUUUAUGGACUGCCUUUACUCCCACUUCCACAGACACUUUAAGAUCCACUUGUCAGCUGCAAAACUGGUGAAAGUUUCUACAGCAGUUGCCUCAGCACACUGUGAUGGGAUGAUAAAGUUUCUACAAAGCAAAUACCUAACAGGAAUGCUGAUGCUACUGACAGAACUAGCGAUUGCUCAGAUACAGUGAGAGUCACUCCAGCAAGUCCUCAUGCUAAGAAGGGUUACAGUCAGAAGAUGUAUGCUGAAAAACUGAAACUUGCUCCUGCAGCACCUUCUUUCCUUUCAUCCUGGCUGUUCAAAGUUGGACUCUUAACUCCUACACUCAACCCUGUAACAAGAGGCAAUUCAAUGUCAUGCCCAGCAAAGACAAGCAGACGUUUUGCCUCUGCUACACAGUACAAACUUCUAAUAGUUUCUUAAGCACCUUUGUAAAACAAUGUAUCAGUUACUCUAUGUGUAGAUAUUACCAGGGGCUAGGAGAUAAACUUCACGAAUUGUUGGAUGAAACUUAUUGACAGGUAUUUUCUGUUUCAAAUAGCAAGCUCGUUUUCACUGAACUAGACAGCCUAAACUGCAGUGACUCUUGGGGCAGUCUAAAUAAAAAGUCUAGCACACCUGAGAAAGGGCACAUGCUCUACAACCCAGGGAAGAAAAAUCCAGGUCUAACCUCCUUCCUACCUUGCUAAGGCCAGUUGGUAACUGUCAUAAUGUGGUCAUGUCCAUCCCCAUUGGGCUAAGGUGAACAGCACAAGAGUGAGAAGUACCUUGUGUGUCCAGCCUGUUGGUCCUCUCAGAUAAGUUAAUGCACAGGAAAAGGAGGUCUGUGUAUAAACUAGAUAUUUAUUAUGCUUUGCCUGAUGUUUGUAGUCUUUUAUGUAAUCUUUUAGGGCACAGAGCUCUCAUGGUUGGAGUUACAGGUGCUAAAAUUUUCUACUAGAUCUCUCCCUUCUGUGGCAGGUAGGAGUUGAAAGAGUUAAUGUGCAGUGCCUGGCUAUAGCAUAAACAGAGAGGAAGUAGACUAAGUAUUAUGAUUUUUGUAUUGCUGUACUAAAUAAAGAUUUGUCACCUUUUGUCAAUAUAUUGGCCUUGAGCAAAGUAAAGGCCACCUCUGUCCAAUUAAGUAUAUACUUGUAUGGUGCUUAUUUCAAUUAUAGCUUACCUAACUAAACUAGUUGUUACUUAUGAAAUAAUUCUGUGAGCAGCAAAAUU